GACCGGGACCCUUGCUUCUCAGCGGGAAGGCAGCAGGCAAGGGGUCUAACGUUGGCGGCAGCGGCGGCGGCGGCUGCAGCAACAGCAAAGCUGGGAGCCGGAGAAUUUGAAAAGAGACAUCCGCUCCCUCUCACACGCCGAGGGGGAGGCAAUCGCGUUCCCCCAGAUGAGAAAGAGCCACGAGAAAUCAUGAAGUAAAAACUUUGGAAAGCUGCCACUGGAGAUGUUGCACAAAAACCUGGAAUCUUUUAGGAGUCGCCUCCCAGUCGUUGAAGGUUUGGGGAGCAGCUGAUACAGCAAGGAGGGCUGUAGCAAGGAUUCAAGCUCCGAGCCCUGGAGGAGCGGCGCAGAGGGGGAGAGCCUGGCGAGAGAAUGAAGAAACCAACCGCGCGGGGGAAGCAUGAGGUGGCAGCGUGGCACUCGGUGUAGAGGGCUCGGGCCCGCGGCCCCAUGGACAGCGCUGCUGGCGCUCGGCCUGCCCGGCUGGGUGUUGGCGGUCUCGGCCACGGCGGCCGCUGUGGCCCCGGAGCAGCAUGUCUCCGCGGCCGGCCAGCACCCCCUGGACUGGCUGCUCACAGACCGGGGCCCCUUCCACCGCGCUCAGGAGUAUGCUGACUUCAUGGAGCGGCACCGCCAGGGUUUCACCACCAGGUACAGGAUAUACAGGGAGUUUGCACGUUGGAAAGUCAACAACUUGGCGCUAGAAAGGAAGGACUUCUUCAGUUUGCCAUUGCCUUUGGCCCCAGAGUUUAUCCGGAAUAUCCGCCUUCUUGGAAGGAGACCCAACCUGCAGCAGGUUACCGAAAACCUGAUCAAAAAGUACGGCACUCAUUUCUUACUUUCUGCCACCCUUGGAGGAGAAGAGUCCCUGACUAUUUUUGUGGAUAAGCGGAAACUGAGCAGAAAGACAGAGACUGCAGGAGGUGCCUCUGCAGUCGGGGGCAGCGGGAACAGCUCUAUUGUGUCCUUGGAGACCCUACACCAGCUGGCAGCCUCCUACUUCAUCGACAGAGAGAGCACGCUGCGGCGACUGCACCACAUCCAGAUAGCCACGGGGGCCAUCAAGGUCACAGAGACCAGGACCGGACCCCUGGGCUGCAGCAACUAUGAUAACCUGGACUCAGUCAGCUCGGUGCUGGUGCAGAGUCCAGAGAACAAAGUGCAGUUACUAGGCCUGCAGGUGCUGCUGCCUGAGUACCUGCGAGAGCGCUUUGUCGCUGCGGCUCUCAGCUACAUCAUGUGCAGCUCCGAGGGCGAGCUGGUCUGCAAGGACAAUGACUGCUGGUGCCGGUGCGGCCCCACCUUCCCAGAAUGCAACUGCCCCGGCGCCGACAUCCAGGCCAUGGAGGCCAGCCUGCUGCAGAUCCGGGACUCCUGGGCCACGCACAACCGGCAGUUUGAGGAGUCAGAAGAAUUUCAGGCCCUGCUAAAAAGACUGCCCGAUGACCGCUUCCUGAACUCCACAGCUAUCUCCCAGUUCUGGGCCAUGGACACCAGCCUUCAGCACCGCUACCAGCAGCUGGGAGCCAGCCUGCAAGUGCUAUUCAAGAAGACCCAUCGUGUGGUACGCCGGCUCUUUAACCUGUGUAAGCGCUGCCACCGGCAGCCUCGCUUCCGCCUGCCCAAGGAGAGGUCCUUGUCCUACUGGUGGAAUCGAAUCCAGUCCCUCCUCUACUGUGGAGAAAGCACCUUCCCUGGCACCUUCCUGGAACAGAGCCACAGCUGCACCUGCCCCUAUGACCAAUCUUCCUGCCAGGCCCCCAUCCCAUGUGCCUUGGGUGAAGGGUCUGCAUGUGCCCACUGUGCUCCGGACAACAGCACCCGCUGUGGGAGCUGCAACCCCGGCUAUGUGCUGGCCCAGGGGCUGUGCCGGCCAGAGGUGGCUGAGUCGCUGGAGAACUUUCUCGGGCUGGAGACAGACCUGCAGGACCUGGAGCUGAAGUACCUGCUGCAGAAGCGGGAUAGCCGCAUCGAGGUGCACUCCAUCUUCAUCAGCAACGACAUGCGCCUGGGCAGCUGGUUCGACCCCUCCUGGCGGAAGCGCAUGCUGCUCACCCUGAAGAGCAACAAGUACAAGCCUGGGCUGGUGCACGUGAUGCUGGCCUUGUCCUUGCAGAUCUGCCUCACCAAGAAUAGCACCCUGGAGCCUGUCAUGGCCAUCUACGUCAACCCCUUUGGGGGCAGCCACUCUGAGAGCUGGUUCAUGCCUGUGAACGAGGGCAGCUUCCCUGACUGGGAAAGGACUAACGUGGAUGCAGCCGCCCAGUGCCAAAACUGGACUAUCACCUUGGGGAACAGGUGGAAGACCUUCUUUGAGACAGUCCAUGUUUACCUACGGAGCCGAAUCAAAUCCCUGGAUGACAGCUCCAACGAGACAAUCUACUAUGAGCCCCUGGAAAUGACUGAUCCCUCCAAGAAUCUGGGCUACAUGAAAAUCAACACUUUGCAGGUCUUUGGCUACAGCCUGCCCUUUGACCCGGAUGCUAUCCGGGACUUAAUUCUCCAGCUGGAUUACCCGUACACUCAAGGUUCCCAGGACUCUGCACUCUUGCAGCUCAUUGAGCUCAGGGACCGGGUGAACCAGCUUUCUCCACCUGGCAAGGUCCGACUUGACCUUUUCUCCUGCCUGCUCCGUCAUCGGCUCAAGUUGGCCAAUAAUGAGGUGGGCAGGAUCCAGUCCUCCCUGAGGGCUUUCAAUUCCAAGCUGCCAAACCCUGUGGAGUACGAGACGGGCAAACUCUGUAGCUAAUGGGGGGGAACCACUGCACCCCAGCCCUAGGCAGAGAGGGGAUCCAUGGUUCUGAGGUGCAAAGAUAAUCCAAGCCCUCACUUUAGUGCCAACAGGCUGCCACCAUGAGACUUUCAGUGCCCAGCAGAUGGGACCUCGAGGCUUGGACUAAAGCAGACAGGAGAGCAAAGAGCAGCCACGCACACAUGCACAUGUAUGUGCAAAUGCACACACGCACACACACACACACUUGCCCCCGGUGGCCACACCGCAGCAGCCUCAGGUCUGGAAGGCCGGUGCUUUCUGAAACCGAUGCAGGUGAAAGAGAGGAGCCCGGGAAGAGAGUAAGGCAAAGAACCAGCCAAACCAUGAAACAAACAAUCAAAAUCCUUAAAAGUGACCCUUGUCAUUUAAGAAAGCAAGAGGGGACAAAGCUGGGAGGGGUGGGAGCUCUUCCUCCCCCUCUGUGGAGUCACUUUUGUAUUCUUUUUAACCAGAUUUCUUAAAAUGUCAUUGUUUUGUGAAUCCCCAUGUUGGUUCUUACUUUUGUAUGCGGCCUCCUCUGUACCCCACGUACACUGUACGCUGACUGCGCCUCAGAGCUGCUCCCUCGGAAAACGUGGAAACAAGCAGUGUGGCCAGGAGAGCAGGUGCCAAGGGCGGGCCACGGCCACCUGGCUCCCCUCCUCCCUCGGCCCCUUCUUUCCUUGACCUCCCAGUUUCAGGGCCCCCACUCCCGGCUUGUUCCAAGUCCCCCCUUGUGGUCCAUCCAGGGCUCCUAUUCUGACAGCAUCUGUCUGUCCAAGAAAGCAGCUCUGUCAAAUUAGCGAAAAUGUGUAGAAAAAUGUUCUUUUUAAAAAAAAAAAACGAAAUUAUUUAUUUUGUGAUUGUUUUCCUUGUCUGUCUUCUCCAGCCACCUGAAUAUCUGAGUAAAAAUUUAUCUGAUUUAAUAUAUUUUUUAGAAAGGUCUUUUUUAGGGGAAAAAGUGAAAGAAAAGAGGGGAAAAAAAAGAGUUUAGUUCCCUGGUUUGCCUGCAUUUUUCUCUUUUAAUUACUCUAUGUGUGACACACGGGUGUCCGUGGAUGGGGGACAUUGCAGUGU